GAUUAAUUUGGCUGUGGAAUGGAUGAAUCCGAGCUCUGGAAAACUCCUUUGUGUGUCAGUAAUUUCUGAGCAAUGCGAAUGAAGAUCCACUGAUCCGUCACAGAGUGUCAUGGCAACUCAGUAUGAUUGACGGGCGCAAGGGGAGAAAGCCUUCUACACUCGUAAUCUUUGGGAGAGCGUUUAUUCGUGCGAACGGUACGCUCAGAGUACCCCGCCGCUAAGCUCCGGCUAAGCUGAAACUAACCUUACCGUUAUAUUCAAUGCGAGGGAGACACCACUCAUUUUUUUUUCUCUCCCCCUCUCUCUCUCACUCCUUUCUCCUCUCGUUUCCCCGAUCAAGUAGGCAGCUACAUGCAAGUGCUGUUCAUCAGAGAGAAGCGAUCCAUUCAUUAGUUCAGCUCGCGAGACCCCGGGUCGUGUGGAUGCUUUUAUUCGAACCAGCUUUAUACCGAGGAGGGGAAAGUGUGACGAAGAAGGAAAAAAAUCUGACCACUUUUCACGUCUAGCUUGCUACCUUGCAGGCCUGCCGAUGUGAUAUGUAGCAGCGGUCAAAACUCCGGAUUUGACAGGCCAAGGGAUAACCAUUAGUAGUUUUGUGACACUCCAUCUCGACGAAAAUCCUUGGAUGUCUCUGACUUUGUUUUUAUUUGUGGAUCAUUUUCUCUACGCAUUUAUUGGACUAAUUUAGCGAAAUAUUUUCAUCAAGAGUUAGCGAAGAUAAAUUUGCGACAUGGCACAGAGGGGUUACGAUGAUGGUUUGCCGCACUAUGGUUCUUUAGAUGCUUCGUCUACCUCCAUGUACGAGGCCCAUGCUCCUCGGUCGGCCGUUCACUACUCACAAGCAUACGCUCAACCUCACAUGAACCACGCACCUUCGGUCGCACAUCCACAAUUUUACCCUGGACAUACACCUUCAAAUGUCAUUACUCCAUCGGUCACGCAAAGUGUCACAGAUAUUCACAAAAGGGACAAAGAUGCAAUUUACGGGCACCCGCUAUUCCCACUGCUCGCACUAAUAUUCGAGAAGUGCGAGCUAGCGACAUGUACCCCGAGAGAGCCCGGAGUGGCGGGCGGCGAUGUGUGCUCGUCGGAGUCGUUCAACGAAGACAUAGCCGUUUUUGCGAAACAGGUACACGAGGCAAGGGCGGAUAAACAGUACUUUUCCAGUAAUGAGGAACUGGAUAGUUUGAUGAUCCAAGCCAUUCAAGUAUUAAGAUUUCACCUUCUGGAGCUAGAAAAGGUACAUGAACUAUGUGACAAUUUCUGCCAUCGGUAUAUCAACUGUUUGAAAGGGAAAAUGCCCAUAGACCUCGUCAUAGAGGAUAGAGAGGGUAUCGGGGCCAUCAAAACCGGGGCAGCAUCACCGACAGAUGGGGGCUCAGAUAACCACAGUGAAUCCAGAAGCCCUAUGGAUCAGGUCAGUGUAAAAAAAUAUAAUUAUUUUUUCCUCGGCUGAAUACCCAGGAUACUGUUUUGACAGAGAAUGUAGAAUGAAGUGGAAGAAGAUUGGAAAGAAAUGUGGUAUGGUUUUAAAAUAUCCAAGCCUAUUAUUCUGAAUUGCAUUACAUGUACACAAUGUCACCAUUCUUUGACAAUAUUGUAGCACAAUCAGAUAUUAUGUACUGUACUGUCAGAUUGAGGAUGACCAGAGGAAAAGAAAAUUCAGCAGAGUAGGAGAUGAGGUAGGAAUUGAAGAGGAAGGACAGGUUAAAGGGAGAGUGGCAAUGUGCGUGAAUCCAUUGCACACAAUUGAUUUCAGUAGAAUACACAUUUUCCAUAGGAAGGUUCCAUAGCAUGGAGUUAAAUGGGUUAAAAGUAUCCAUGUGACCACUCACAUGUGAGCUUCUGCUGUUGGAGUAAAAAAAUGUUUGUAUCAUAGUUCUUUUUUCACUUUGUUCAUUAUGUUUCCAAAAAUAUACUUUAUGUGGAAAGAAUUAUUUUUUUUUAAUUUAUAAAGGAGGGAUCCCCUUCCCUUUUAAUACUUCAUGUAAUCUGUUUCAUUCUGAAUAAUGAUCUUGAUAGACUACAUGUCCGGGUAGCACAUAUACUAAUUUCUAUUGGUCAAUAAAGCUACAUUUUCUUUUGUCCAUGGUAGGCUAUACGUGCAUGCAAUGUUUCAUUUUAUGCAGUUCUCCUUCACAAAUUUCCAGCUAAAAACACAAGCGUUAUGAGUUUGAGCUGUCUGAUUGGAUAACCAAAUCUCUGAAACCAUUUAAUCAUGAUUGCAUGUCAAAAUCAUGACAGCCAAAAACCCAUUUUGAUAUUAACUGAGAAAUUCUGUUGACUUCACUGAACGAAAGUAAUAUAAAUUCAAACAAGAAAAUGGCUCUUUUCCUACUUGGAGCAAUACCCUGCCAUAGAUGACAAGCCAUUCUCCUGUCAAAAAGAACAGGCAAAGUCAACUUUUCCAUUACUUUGUGUAAUUGAAAUUUAAUUUUGUUCUGUUUGCUUUGCCUACAUGAUUCAUGCCAUGGUUGUGCGUAAUUCCUCUUUAAAGUCCUGGGCAGAAAGAUGAUUUUUAGAGGUUUUCAUUGCCGAUAAUGCGACUUUUGCAAUCUAAUCGGCUUUACAGAUCUAUUUCAACUUUAUGAACUUUGUUUUGCGACUAACUUGCAAUUACCUUGCUUCUAUUGGUGUUCUUUUCAUAACUUGAAUCAUUUCAAUUCACAUUAUUUUUCCUUCCAAUAACCGCAAAAUUAUAAGAAAUUUGACAAUUUGUUUGAAUUGAAAAUUAUCAUAUCAGUAUGAAGACAAGCCAAAUUUUGAAGUAAUAGAAAUUAAAUGCAGGUGUUAUUUUUUAAGUUUGAUAUCAUGAAUGAGUUUAUGGGCCCUAGCACAAUUCUUAUAUGAUGAACCAUGGGUCUAUAGACUGGGCAGGUAGGUAGAAAAGGGUGACAAUGUACCCUUCCAUAUUAGCCGCCCCAGUACCUUGCCAAGGUUCUGCUAGGUCAGGGGAUGGUGUUUUGGCAGACUCAUCCCACGACACCUGUGGUGAUACCUCUUCCUUUACAUGCAAUGACUGCAUUGCGGAACUUCCUGCGCUAAUUACCCCAGCCCGUUACAAGAACAGGGCAGAAAGUCAAAAGAAAUGUGAGGUUCCUGGACACUUGGAAGACAUGUGGCACUGGAUACUCACCAGUUUUGACUCCUAUGUUUGUUAGUUUUGACAGGUCUUGUGGUGUGCUUUGAUACAUCAAAUAAGUAACAGGAGAUACCUCUAAUGGAUACUUCUAUAAAGUCAUCGUUGACACUGUUUCAAGCUCUUUUGCCCAUCCCUCCCGUCUCUAUUGAUUUACUAAUUUUUCUAGAAAAUGAGGGAGAGGGGGAUCACUGAUAUGGCAUGUUCCCAAGUUCUUUAUCUUCACAUCAUGAUCGCCACUGAUAUGAUUUCCUUGCGAAAGUUGAUGGAGGAAAAUUUGCUACUCAAUUUCAGUGAAAUUGAGUUUGAUGUAUUUUGCAAAGAUUGUUGUCAUUGUUUAUUUUGUCCUUAGCAAGAAAUGCAAACAACUUGCAUUGUUUGGAGAGACAUUGAGUUACAAGGAUGCCCCAAAAGGUGUAUUAUGUUACUAGAUCUUUGAUAUUUUAAUGUAAGAUUUCAUAAAAUGACAUCAUCACAAUUUUUUUUACUUGUUUAUUUCAUUGAAAAAAAUAAUAUCUAAAAUUUUCUUUGCAUUAGGAGCUGAAAUCCAAAUGAGUAUGUAAUAAAUUUUAGAUCUAUGCCAAGUGAUGUCAAAACCUCUGUUUUUAGUUUGUUUUCUGCUCCGUGGUCCCAAAUCCAAAAUCUUCCUGUUCGAUGACUCCAUAGUAUGGCCAUCUUUAUGGUGGUUGUUUUAAGAUGGUCUGUCUUAGUUUUCGAUCAGAAUCAUGCACCUUCAAAAUUAAUUCCUGAACAUUACCACUUCAUGAGGCAGUGUGCCAUGCUACUUGGUACCAAAUCCAGGAGCAUCAUGCUCAAACACACUCGGACCAAGGAAUUUUUAAUUCUUGAACAGUGUCUCUUUAUGAAGCCAGUGAAUUCCCUAUUGAGGCAAAGUGCUUUUCCACUUUGUAAUGAACCCUGGGACUAGACUGUUCUGAUUCUAUAACUGAGCCAUCAUGAGUGUGGUUGUUCAGAGAUGGUCUCCCAAAGUCCUUGGCGAGUUUAGCUAUUGUACCAUCUUCAAAGUAAUAACUUGAACUUUGUUUUAAACCUAGGAGCAUAGUGUUCUUAGUCCAAUUUCUACCACUGUGCCAUCAUUAAGAGUGGUUGUUCUGAGAUCAUCUUGUAUAGAUCAAUGUACCGUAUUACCAGCAGUAUCUUCAAAGUUAAAGUUAACUCCUAUAAUCAAUUUAAUAUAUCAAUGUGUUAUGCUCUUCUACUUGAUCCAAAAUCUAGGAGCUCUUUGUUCUUAGUUAUGGCACUGCCUCUGAGCAAUAAUUUGGAUUGGUCUAAGAUGGUCAUCUGUAGAGGAUUGUAUGCUCUUUUACCAAACCCACAAUCUUUUCUCUACCCCUGAAGCUAUUACUGUGUUUGCUCAGCAACUUACAUAGAAUUUAACAACAUAGUCAUAGAGGUGAUGAACAGAUAUAUCUCCUGCAUUUGGGCAACCCUUGUUAUAUACUUAAUUCGUCGUUGUCAAUUCUGCUAUGAAGCAUUCCAGUACUGUCUGGCAAAGAUGAGACUAUCACCUUCGGAGUUCAUAGCAUUCCAUGAACAAUGUCGCAUCAUGAGGUAUUGUGUUGUUUGGUUGUAUGCCCUCCCUCUUUUCAGACCAGAUCAGAAUAAAAUCCAUUCAAGGGGUAACAAUGACAAAACAGAGUAAGGGGGUCUUAAAGGGAGAAUAACCUGUAACAUCAAUUCAUCAAGCAACUCAGGGCCCUUCUUUUCUUUAUACUCUUGACCAUUUCUUUCUUUGACCCUAUCUCCCUUCUGAUGAUCAUUCAUUCAACAAAAACAACUUUGAAUUGAUUGAUAUAAGCCUUACUCAAUGUUGCUAAAUGUGAAGAGAUCUUGGGUAGCUGAGGGAUGGAAAUGAUGCACAUUGUGGAGAAAUGGGAUGGGGUAGAAGUGAAACAUAAAUUCUGUAGAUUCAGACAGACAUGGAUGUAGAUAGAGAGUGAUAGGUAAAGAAAGCAAGUGGAGUCCAGAGAAUGAGAGCGAUCUGCCCAGUGACAUUAGAAGAAUUGCAAGUGAUCUAUUUUCGACCAGUCUGCAAGUUAAAUGAUGGAGACAUGGUAGAAAUGUGAAAAAACAUAAGAAGAGAUGAAAGAAAAGUGGGAAUGCAGAACCAUUCUUCCGCAAAUACAGACCAUUCUACUCUCUUUUACUGUGAAGAGAGAAACAGAGGGAGAGAAGGGGGGAGGGGUGGGAAGAAAACAUCUCAUCAAUCUCAUUUCUUGUACCAAUGUAGGUUGAUUUAGAAGCUCCAGAGCAAUGCUCACUUUGGAGUGGAGUAGUUUAAGGGGGGCAACUUAAAAGAUGACAGCUCCAAUUUGGUUGACGGCUCCAGAGAGAUAGCUUUGAUCCUCGCCCCUUGUUCAUCAUCACUGGGAUGGGAAGGUCCUCCAGCAAAAUUGGGUUUGGGAUGGGGGGGAAAAUGGAAGAUGGAGCGUUCCCUUAAUGUCUCCUGAUGCCCGGGGAGUGCCGUGCAAAAGAGAGAAAAAUGGGGGCUAUAUUCAUGCAUCUUAAUUUAGGAGUCCCUUUGACAGGCACGACCAGUCUGCCCCUGAUGUGCGGCAGUGAUGCGCUGGAUGAAUCUCAUCUCAUUAAUUCCCAUUUGAAGAGGAGAAAAGGGGGUAGGCCUUUUGUGUCCGGCUUGACAGUUAUAGUUUCAGGAGAGAUUAAGAGAUCAAAAGAGACCACAUGUUUGCUUGGAAAAUUACAGCUUCUCGUUUUAAAUAUGAAGAGGGGCAUCCUCAAAUGAUGACAUGUUUCCAUAGUAAAAAAAAGAGAAGAAGAUAACACUUUAAAUGAGCGGCAGACAUCCACUGUCUGUCUGAUAGCUAUUGUCGUGUUGUCAAUCCAUCAUUUAUACAGAUUUGGAUGUCAGAGAAAUCUUUAAAAAUGAAUAAAUUUGUGGACCAAUUUGAAGAGAAUCUUUAGGUUCUGUGAAUGAUUUAUGAUCACAGACCAAAUAAGGGAGAUAAAUUUUCUGACCUUCAUUUGAUGUUGGCCUUAAACUUGUUAAAGAUAUUAUCCCUAAAGGGCAUAUCAAGAAAAUUGGUAAGAGAUUUGAGGCUUUACUCAUGAUCCCAAAAGUUUGAAUUGACAUUCACAAGUCGUCUGUAAUAGAAACAGUAUAACUGCUCAUUUAUAUUCUUGCAGAUUGUAGGCCUACAUAUCAUGCAAGACCUAAUUUUGUUAGAAAUCCUAAAUUAUUCCUCAGAUGAAUUUGAUUAUUUAAUUGAUUCAGUUCAUUUGCCAUUAUAAUAUUGAAAUUAUUGUACCUAUAAAGUGCAGGGAGAACACUUUGAGUUAUCCUGUGAAGCUACAGCAGCAUUUGUACAACCAUGUCUACAUUGGAUGUAGCCUAAUCCCUAAACAUAUCAAAGUAAUAUUCAUCACAAUUAAUUGAAUUUUAAAAACCAGUGUUUCCAUUGCAAAUAUUCAUCACAAUUAAUUGAAUUUUAAAAACCAGUGUUUCCAUUGCAAAUAUUCAUCACAACUAAUUGAAUUUUAAAAACCAGUGUUUCCAUUGCAAAUUCAAACUUGUAAGGCCUGUCAAAGAUUAAUUAUGAUUGAAGGGAUAGCGUAUCCAUACAAUGUUCUGUAUAUCAUUCACAAAUUCUUUCUUUUUCCAAUUUCAUAUUCAUAAUAAAUCUUUCUGCACUCCAGAAAGUCUGAAAGGUCAAGGAAAGUUUCAGGCCAUGUCCUUAGCUAAGGUCAGUCAACCCCAGAGAAAAUGGAUUCCAACCCACCUUGAUAAGAAGCUCCUUCUGGGCUAGUCUAGGAUUUGGAGUCACAUUAAUCAAUGCCCAUUUAAAAUAGCGGCUCUUGACUUUGCAUGAUCCUUUGGAAUAAUGAGACAAUAUUUUUGUUCAAAUUGCAUAAAGAUAGUUUGAGCUAGAUAAUGUAUGUCCAUGUGUAGUUUUUUUUGUGAAACAGAUUAAAAAAUGAAAAAAGCAUAGCUUGGAUGUCAUGGCUCUAAAAUUAUUGACUGUAAUUGUACGAAACCCAACUAAUUUUAGAAUACAAUAAGAUGACGAUCUGCUAAUGAGGCCUUCUGUGCAAAAAAAUAUAUUUUGUAUGCAUAAUUUUUAUCUAUGUGCAAAGAGUUAGACCAGAAUGCUGAUUAUCAUUGUUAUAAUUAACUGGGUACGUGGCAUUGAUACCUUGGUAGGCCUAAUACCUUUGAUAGGAAACAAGACACUCUUGUAUGCAAAUACUUGAGGGCCACAUAUAUAUAUUGACUACAAACCAAACUAUUGUUUAUGCUGCAUUGAAUAAUUGCAUUUGAUGAAAAUGUAAUGGGUCUUGUGUCACAGACUAACAAGGAAUGUCCAGGCCCUUAUUGUUAGUUCCAAGGUCAGUGAGGUCAUCUGGGCAAACCAAAUUAGGUGAUGACCUUUGGUGUUUGGAAUGUCAGCUGUGGGCUUUCCAUGUUGACUGGGUUCAAUCUGUAAUCAUGGAGCUCAAUAGGUGGUUUCAGACCGCCUCGAAGUUCGCCAGUUCCAGGUAUUCUCUGAUCGGGAAAUUUACCCCAAUCAG